AAAUUGAACACACCUUCAUUUAAAUCAUCGAUGUCGGCCGUCAUUACAAAAAUGCGCGGCAUCGAUUUAAUCUAAUCUAAAAACAUAAUGAUUUGAACACACGAAAACAAGAGCCUCGUUGGCGGGGUUUGAUGCAGCUGAUGAGAAUAAAAGAUACAUCCGACGGAUAUUGCUUUCAGUACAACUCUGUAUCUGCAUUCUGACAAAAUGAUACUGUUUGCACACAUUUUGUGCAUUGCGUUAAUCUUCUGCGUGUCGGCGGAUAAUUCGUAUCAAGUGAUAACAAAAAAUGAUGAAAGCAAUUUUCUGCUGUCUUCGACGAACGAGAAGUACUUGCCAACUUGGACUAGCCUAGAUAGUCGACCACUACCACCUUGGUUCGAUGAAGCAAAAUUAGGAAUUUUCAUUCACUGGGGUGUGUUCAGUGUGCCUAGCUUUGGCUCUGAAUGGUUUUGGAACAAUUGGAAAGAGGAGACUGGAACUACAAAGUAUCGUGAUUUUAUGAAAGAAAGAUAUCCUCCAAACUUUACUUAUCAAGACUUUGGACGUGACUUUACUGCCGAAUUCUUCAAUGCAACUCAGUGGAGUGAGAUAUUCCAAGCAUCAGGUGCAAAGUAUGUUGUAUUAACUAGCAAACAUCAUGAAGGAUAUACCUUGUGGCCAUCAAAGUAUUCAUUUAGUUGGAAUGCUAUGGAUGUGGGGCCUCGAAGAGAUCUUAUUGGUGAACUGGCAGGUGCUAUUAGAAACAAAACUAGUAUGACAUUUGGCCUGUAUCAUUCCAUGUAUGAAUGGUAUAAUCCUCUUUAUCUGGCGGAUAAGAAAAACCAUUUUACGACAGAUACAUUUGUAACUCAAAAAAUAAUGCCAGAAUUACAUGAGUUAGUAGAAACAUAUAAACCUGAAAUAGUGUGGUCAGAUGGUGAUUGGGAAGCAUCAGAUACCUAUUGGAAAUCAAAGGAGUUUCUAGCAUGGUUGUACAAUGAAAGUCCAGUGAAAGAUACAGUUGUGGUAAAUGACCGAUGGGGCAGCAAUAUACCAUGUCAUCAUGGUGGUUUCUUUACAUGUACAGAUCGUUUUAAUCCUGGAAUCCUUCAAAAACACAAGUGGGAAAAUUGUAUGACUAUCGAUAGAAAGUCUUGGGGAUUUCGUAGAAAUGCAGUUCUAACAGAAUAUUUUACAUUAGAGGAAUUGAUAAAAGAAUUGGUAACCACAGUAAGUUGCGGUGGAAACUUACUGAUGAAUGUUGGGCCAACAAAAGAUGGAAUUAUUUCACCAAUAUUUGAAGAAAGAUUACGUGGAAUGGGUGCUUGGUUAAUGGUCAAUGGAGAGGCUAUUUAUGAUACUAAACCUUGGUCUGUGCAAAAUGAUACCUUAACGGAGGGCGUUUGGUAUACACAAAGUAAAGAUGAAAAACAACUUUAUGCUUCGAUUCUACAAUGGCCAAAUGAUGACAUAUUGCAUUUGGGCUCAUUUAAAAUAUCAGAAAAUUCUCAAAUAUUUUUACUUGGCUAUCCGUCGGCAAUUGAUUGGAAACAAACUGAUGGUAUAUUAACAAUAGAUUUACCUGCUAAAGCGCACAGAAAUCAGCCAGCUUGGGUAUUGAAGUUCGAAAAAUAAAUAUAUGUAAAAGAUAAUAUUUUACAUACACGAAUCAGUUUUUAAAAGAAUAUUUGUCUACU